AUGUCUGUGGAUCGUCCAUUGGAGUGUUGGCAUCAUGUUGAUGAAAAAGAAUAUAUAAGAGGUUGUCAUCGUAUUGCUUAUGGUCGAUGUCCAGCAUGUCAACGAAGAGUUUGUUUACAACAUUUGAGUGAACAUCAUAAAACUGAAAUCGAACCUCAUUUUGAUCUUCUUAUUGAUCGUGCUAAUCAAAUUCGUGUACGACUUGAUACAUUGUCUAUUGAUGAAACUAAACAACGAGCACAACAAUUUGUAGAAGCAUGGAAACGUCGAACCAUCGAAUCAGUUGAACGUGCUGCUCAAGAUAAAUUAAUUGAAAUCGAUGUUGCAUGUGCUGAAUUGACUGGUGAAAUAGGUCAAUUUAAAUUAGCUACUUUCGAAAAAUUCAAAACAGAUAUGUUAUUAUCAUCACCUCAUAUACAUCGUGAUUAUGUACAUCCUGAUGAAUUAUCUCGUUUAGAAGACCUAUUAAAUAUGAUUAAUUUACAUAUUGAUCGUUAUUCAAAACAUGAAUUAAUUGAAGAUAGUACAACACCAAAUAUAUCACCAGCAACACCAAGACAACAAGAAAAUCUUUCUUCAUCAACACUUUCUUUUUAUCAUGAUCAAUCUUUUUAUCAGUAA